UCCCGCCCACUUCAGCGUUGGCUUCGCAUCGCUUUUCGCGGUGGAAUUUCAAUGCGCGUUCAUUGAGGAAGUUGUUGCGCGCUGUGGCGCGUUCGCGUUCAACCCGCCAGAAUGAGCGAGUGUAGAAACAGUUCGGACAGUCUUUAUUACGAGCAGAUACUGAACAGAUGGUAUUUCGACUAUCAGGUCUUUAAAGCCUUUAACGCCUUCAGAAAUGGAAAUUUUACAGCCUUCACGGAGUUUAUUAACAUUGUUGAGGAUGUGGUGGUCAGACCCAUUGAUGGACGCAGUGACAUUAUUGUCAAGCUUCGCUUCUUGCAGUUUCUGUCCAGGAUCAAUCAUGGAGAUCGGUUCGACAUCACGUUUGAAGACCCGUUGACUCCUCUUGAAUCUGCUCUCAAUGUACUGAAGUCCAUAUGCAGAGACAUGAAAGUCCCUCAGCGAGACCAUGAUCACAUAUCAAACUCUAUCAAAGAGAUGCUAGUUAUUGUUUGUAUCAAGGGUGGAGAGUUUGAGAGAGCCGAGCAGAUGAUCCAUCAACACUUUCCCAAAGGGAUGGAUUCAGCUGGGAAGAAGAAGCUGUUCAUGAAUCUGAUCAGAAAUCGGCGUCGUUCUCAUUCAAUACUGCAGAUAAACUCAUACAGUGACUUUAAACAGGACAUGCUGGAUUUCAUUGAGAGACUCUACAGUAUUCCUGAACCUUUCCUCAUCAAGAUGUUGAUGAGUCGAGAAAGACGGACGGCGAGCGACGAGUCUCCUCAGAUCAGCGGCUCUGUACAGAAUCACAAUACAGCAGAAUACACCAACAUCUGCUCCACAUCACCUCCAUCUUGCUCAACGUUACCUCCUGCGGCCUCAGCGCAGGUGAGUUUGCAGAAUCUGCGUCUGGUUUACAGUAAACUCAGUGAGGUGUACGGGGUGAGCGUCCCCUUUUCACAGCUCCAGCAGGAGGUGGAGAACAAAGCCCUGCUCGAGUACAAGAGACAGACCGACACAGAGCUUCAUCUGGCGCUGUCUGAGACGCAGCCGGAGUCGAAUGACACAGACCAGGACUCUGAGAGGAUGAAGGAUGUGGAGGUCCACCUGGAGCUACAGAACAACCAAGAGCAGGACUCUGAGGCUGUGAAGGACACGGAGGUCCCCGGAGACCAGAGUGCUCCUGUACAGCCCCUCUAUGCUGGAAUGACCAUAUCUCGCUUAGUACUGGAGGAUGACAGCCAGGUCAGUGAGAACGAGUCUCAGGAUGAUGUCAUGGCACAAGAUGAAGAGUCCACACAGAUCAACAAUGUCUCUCCAGACAGACCCUCUCCACAGAUCAUCAAUGUCUCUCCGGUCAGAUCCUCUCCACGGACACAAUCUGGCAGAAACGUCUUUUCCAGACACAGAGUUGUUAGUCCAGAGUCUCAUCCUGGGACUCCAACACGUCAGACGCAUCACAGCUGCUCUCCGUCUGUCAGUCACGCACAUGCAGAGAAACGGAAAGAGACUCCAGCACGUCGGACGCGUCAAAGCAGCCCUCCGUCUGUCAGUCACGCACAUGCAGAGAAACGGAAAGAGACUCCAGCACGUCGGACGCGUCAAAGCAGCCCUCCGUCUGUCAAUCACACGCAUGGAGAGCAACAGAACGAGACCCCAACGCGUCAGACGCGUCAAAGCAGCUCUCAUGCAGAGAAACUGAGAGCGAGUCCUGCACGUCAGACACGUCAAAGCAGCUCUUCGUCUGUCAGUAACGCACAUGCAGAGAAACAGAACGAGACCCCAAUGCGUCAAAUCAGCUCUCUGUCUGUCAGUCACACGCAUGCAGAGAAACAGACAGAGACUCCAGCGUGUCAGACACAGCACAGCAGCCCUCAUGCGAAGCAACAGAAAGAGACUCCAGCGCGUCAGACGCGUCACACCAUCUCUCUGUCUGUCAGUCAUGUGCAUGCAGAGAAACAGAACGAGACCCCAACGCGUCAAAGCAGCUCUCUGUCUGUCAGUCACACGCAUGCAGAGAAACAGACAGAGACUCCAGCACGUCAGACACGUCAAAGCAGCUCUUCGUCUGUCAGUCACGCGCAUGCAGAGAAACAGAACGAGACCCCAACGCGUCAGACGCAGCACAGCAGCCCUCAUGCAGAGAAACUGAGAGCGAGUCCUGCACGUCAGACACGUCAAAGCAGCUCGUCGUCUGUCAGUAACGCCCAUGCAGAGAAACAGAACGAGACUCCAGCACGUCAGACGCGUCAAAGCAGCUCUCUUUCUGUCAGUAACACGCAGACUCCAGCGUGUCAGACGCAGCACAGCAGCCCUCAUGCAAAGCAACAGAAAGAGACUCCAGCGCGUCAGACGCGUCACACCAGCUCUCCGUCUGUCAGUCAUGCGCAUGCAGAGAAACAGAACGAGACCCCAACGCGUCAAAGCAGCUCUCCGCCUGUCAGUCAUGCGCAUGCACAGAAACAGAACGAGACCCCAACGCGUCAGACGCGUCAAAACAGCUCUCUGUCUGUCAGUCACACGCAGACUCCAGCGCGUCAGACGCAGCACAGCAGCCCUCCAGAUGUGAGUCAUGUGCAUGCAGAGAAACAGACAGAGACUCCAGCAUGUAAGGCACGUCAAAGCAGCUCUUCGUCUGUCAGUCACAUGCAUGCAGAGAAACAAAACAAGACUCCAGCACGUCAGACGCAUCACAGCGGCUCUCCGUCUGUCAGUUACACGCAUGCAGAGAAACAGAACGAGACGCCAGCGCGUCAAAUGCGUCAAAGCAGCUCUUCGUCUGUCAGUCACGUGCAUGCAAAGCAACAGAACCAGACCCCAGCACGUCAGAAGCGUCACAGCAGCCCUCCAUCUGUCAGUCAUGCGCAUGCAGAGAAACGGAGCGAAACUCCAGUGCAUCAGAUGCGUCACAGCAGCCCUCCGUCUGUCAGUCACACGCAUGCAAAGAAGCAUCGCAACAAGAGACCCAGAAUUGUCAGCAGUCCAGAAUCUGAACCUGAGGAGCAAACAGAAGUUCAGAGAGAAACUCAUAACAACAAAUCUUCAUCUGGAGAGAAACCGAGAGAAACUUCAGCGCAUCACAGCAGUCCUCCAUCUCUCAGUCACACACACAGAAAGAAACACAAUAAGAGGAACAGAAUUGCUGAAUCUGAUUCAGAUCAACAGACUGAAGAUCAGACCGAGACUUCUGUACAUCAGACACCAGACAAACAACAUGACAAGAGGUUGAUAGUUGUCAGUGAUUCAGACUCAGACUUUGAGCGUCCGAAUAACAUCACAGCGUCUGUCAAUCAUUCACAUCCAGAGAAACCGAGAGAAACUCCAUCACAUCAAACACAUAACAGCGGCGGGAAGAAACAUAAAGACAAGAGGCCGAGGAUUGUGAGUGAUUCAGAUUCUGAUUCACAGCGAGAGACGAAUUCACAUCUCUCAUCCAUCAUAGAAACACACACAGAGAAACAGCGUGAGAGGGCCAGAAGAUGGAUGAACAUCUCAGGAUCUCGUGAGGAUUGGAGUGAUGAGGAGUCGUUGUUUGGUGCCGCUGCAGGUCCAUCACGUAAAGAGAAACAAACCAGAAAGAAGUGGACGGUUGAAGAGUCAAACUGGUUAAAGGACGGCGUGCUGCGUUUCGGCGAGGGCCGAUGGGGGAAAAUUCACUCGGCGUUCCCAUUUAAAGACCGCACACCCGUAAACCUGAAGGACCGCUGGAGGACCAUGAAAAAACUCAAACUUGUGUAACAGCUGAUUUUAUGUAAAGCUCUUAACUUUUCACAAGUUAAGAAAAAACUGGAAUAUAUCUUUUAUAAAAAAAAUUGUAAAUUGUUCCUAAAUGCUAUUUUAAAAAAGUUUUAAUUUUUUCUUUUUUGUAUUAAACGAUUGACACAUUUGUGCAACGAUGUUGUUUUGACAGCGUUUUAAGAAUAAAACUGAACAUUCAUGUUUAA